CUUUUCUUGCGAUCGGUUCUGACGACGCGGCACACUUGCCAGGAGACUCCAGCAACCACCGACGGUGACUUGGACGGCCGCAUCAAGUUGCCCGGAAAAGCAGCGCGCUUCGUUGGUGCCUCGGUCGAGCUCUUGGAUAGUGUCUUGCCAGGCAAUCUGGCCGAUGCCAUCAAUGUGACGGACACGAGCAACGACAGCGCCUGCUACCCUCUCGUGGGCUGCUUCCGCACUCGGGACCCGCUCACGGUGCCGCUCUCGUUUCCCGAUUCGCCGGAGAAGAUCAACACGAGCUUCCUCCUCUACUCGCGGCAGAACAGCAACUCACCGCUGCGUCUCGACUACCGAUCGCGGGCGAGCGUCGAGCGGCUGAACCUGUUCCGCGAGCGCAAGCCGCUCAAGCUGAUCGUGCACGGAUGGCACGAGAGUGGCGACAGCGAAUGGGUUCUCGAAGCCAAAGACUCGCUCCUGAGACUGGAAGACUGCAACGUAAUCGUGGUGGACUGGCGGGGCGGCUCACAACAGAGCAACUACAUCCGUUCGGCUGGCAACACAGCGCUGGUCGGCCGCGAGGGGUCACUGUUGCUCCAGCACCUGUUGUCCGUGUACCGCCGUACGUUGAGCCCUGAGGACGUGCACGUGAUAGGCCACAGCCUGGGUGGCCAGGUUUCCGGUUUCCUUGGUCGCCACUUUCUCAACCAGACCGGCGUGCUCUUGGGGAGGAUAACCGCUCUGGAUGCCGCUGCCCCGCUGUUUGAAGACACCGACGUGUUCUUAUCCCGCCGUGACGCCCAGUUUGUGGACGCCAUCCACACCAGCGCCGGAGGAAAGGUCAUCAAGGGCGAGUUCGGGAUCCUCAAGCCAUUUGGCCACGUGGACUUCUACCCAAACGGUGGCCAGAAGCAGCCCGGAUGUCCGAAGCUAGAGCUGUACUGCGACCACAAGCUAUCCAAGGACUUCUUCCUGGAGUCUCUACGCAGUCAGCGAUGUCGUUUCAUUUCCGAACCCUGCGGCGGCGGCCUCGACGCUCUACUGGCCGACCGCUGCACGCGGAGGGGUGACCGCGGUGAGAUGGGCUACUUCGCAGACCGGGCACCCGGCCGAGGCCUACAAACUCUGGAGACCAACAAUGCGGCGCCUUACUGCCGCGAGAGGCACGUGCCCAGGAACCCACCCCGAGACGACACGCCCAGGCGAGACCGCAACCGACGGCCGGCCAGAAAUUAAGGCUUGCGAUUCUCCUCAACAUCUCCGAGGACACUUCGGCUGCUUAGUCAAUAAAACUCAGGAGUUCGGUGUU